AAAAAAAUAGUAAAAUAAAUCGUGAAGAACUCGCUUGGCAUUGAAGCCGUUGGUUCAUCUUCUUCCUUCUGUUCGUUACAAACCCUAAUUUCUCUGCUGAAUUUUCUCGGCAACCAAACAGGCUCCACCGCAUACAGUUUCUUUCCUACCAUUUUUCCAGCCAUUUUCUCCCUGGAUUUUUCCCUUCUUACGUUCUCCAUUUCCACAUUAAUUCCUCCUCUCUGUUUCUCUUCCCUGAAACCAACAAUCAAAUUCCACAAUCAUCCUCCUCAUCUUCAUCAUCCAUCCGUCCGUCUCUUUAGCAUAAAUUUUUCGUUCUUUUUCUUUCCUCUGUUAAUCUCUUAUUAUCUUCCCGUCGCCAGUUGAGAUCUCCACAAUCCAAUCGUUUAUCUCUGUUUUAAUCCAUGGAUCCGACGGAACUACGAAGAGUAUUCCAGAUGUUCGAUCGCAAUGGCGACGGGCAAAUCACGAAGAAGGAACUAAACGACUCGUUAGAGAAUUUGGGGAUUUUCAUCCCGGACAAAGAUCUGACACAAAUGAUCGAGAAAAUUGACGUUAAUAACGAUGGAUACGUGGACAUUGACGAGUUCGGAGAGCUGUACCAGUCGAUUAUGAACGAGAAAGACGAGGAGGAGGACAUGAGAGAAGCUUUCAACGUCUUUGACCAGAACGGCGAUGGAUUCAUCACCGUCGAGGAAUUGAGGUCAGUUCUAGCUUCCUUGGGGCUUAAGCAAGGGAGAACUGUUGAGGAUUGCAAGAAGAUGAUCAUGAAGGUGGAUGUCGAUGGAGAUGGAAUGGUCAAUUACAAGGAGUUCAAGCAAAUGAUGAAGGGAGGUGGAUUUAGUGCAUUAGGUUGAUCAUCUUUCUCACUUAAUCACAUCAAAACUUAAAACUAAAACAAAUAAAAACCAAUGAGAGAGAAAGAGAGAGAGAGAGAGAGAGAGAGAGAGAGAGGCUGUUUUUCCAUUAGAGUUCUGUAUAUUAAACCUUGAAGAUGAUGAUCAUGAUGAAAAAUAACGAAGAACAAGGAUUUGAUCAUCACAGGUUGCAUGGAUUGUUUGUGAUCACACGUGUCCAUUAGACAUUGGCUUUACUGUAGCCAAUUGUCUUCUGACA